AUGGCCGUCACACGCGAAGACGCAGACGCAAUGUACGAUAGCCAUGGUCACGGUCCCGCGCCCGGGGAGAGCGCAGAACAACACGCCGCACACGCCCAUUACGACGCGCAGAAACACUGGGGACUUGGACGACGAUCAGAAACUAUCCUGUUCUACUGUUUUGCAGUACCUUCAUUGUGCUUCAACAUCGCUGCGGCAAUCACCGGAAGUCUUCUGAGGACCCGCAGCCAUGCCUUCAUUGCCUGUGCUGUGGUGUGGUUGACGCUGUGGGCGGCAGCAUGGUUGCAGACUGCUACCGCGAUGAUCCAGAGAGCGAGUUGGGUGAGAGAUGAGGCGAAUCUGAAGGAUCGCAAACAGUAUCUGUUUCUGUCUGUAAGGUUACAAAGGCUCAUGCUGCCGGAAGCCAUCGUCUGUCUAACAGUCUUCAUCAUUGGCUACACUCAGCGCGAGAGCUACAAAGACACCGCAUACUGGCUCGUGUUCCUCCUCUUCUUCAUCUUCAACAUUGUCGGCUGCGUUAUGAACGCAUACAACAACAUCACCUGGGAAAGCGAUCGACUCCACUACGAGGAAGGCUCACCACCCAUGAAGUACUCACGACUGGCGAUCCUGGGGAUUCCCAGCUCGGAUCGGGGCAUCUUCCGAUUUGAUUGA